ACUUGCGAUACUUGGCCAACUGCAGCUCGCAGGUGUUCAGCUCCAGAUCCACAGACGUGUGCGCGGGCAGAGCAUAUAGCUGCCUACAAAUGCCCAACAGCAACAGCAAGCGCCAAGUGGGCAGCAUCCUCGUUGAUGCAGUUGAUAAAUUUCGAUUUUGUGGCGAUGGCGAUUGUCCUGAUUGGGUUUUAGCUGAAAUCAUAUCCACCCUCUCGAACUUGAGCGUCGACAACUUGGAGCAACUGGCCCAGAUAGUGGCCAAGCGCAUCAGCGGCGAACAGUUUGAAGAAGCUAUUGUAAGGUCUCUCACUUCGUGUGUUACAAAUGAUGGUAAAACAGCCGUUGCCUGCGUUCACUAUAUGCUCACGAACGCGGCACGGUAUAGCUGCUCCGAGACAAUCUUUGGAGAAGAAAUUCAACAGCUUGGCUUGCCCAAGGAUCAUGCGGCGGCCAUGUGCCGAGUCCUGCAAGCGCAUGCCACGGUCAUAAGACAAAAACUUAUAGAUAAGGCAUUUAGAAUUAAUGAGCUGCAAAGCAUACGAAAUGUUACCUCGCCUGGGGAAACGCCCCCAAACUGUGCCACCUUGGAACUUAAAAUCUCGCAAGAAUUAGUCGAUGGACUACCUAAAGAUACCACGCAUAUAGUUAAUAUUGAAUGUGCCCAGCUGGGAGCACUGCUCGAUGAAAUGAAAUUGGCCCGUGAUAUUAUGCUCAAAUAUGAGAAUAAAGAGAAUACAUAG